AUGGCGGCAACGACGGCGACUCAGCAGUUUGGCAUUCAGGGAUGGAUGUCUACGAUCCGCACGGCUAUGGUGGAGGACCCGAACAGGAAGAUGUUCGAGGAACAGGUUCAGACGCAUGGCUUUCAGUUCUUCAAGGAAUAUCUUGACAAUGUGCUCGAAAAUUCGAGACAACAGGAUAACGCGAUUGUUGACCUCUUGAAGACACCCGGACGAAGGAAAGGGGCACCGAAGAAGACGCGGGCUGCUCAGGCAGCAGCCGCGCGUGCCCAGGACGCUAUCAAGUUCUCCUUUGAGGAUGGAACCACAGGCGGGAAGGAGAAUGGGCCGGUGAACAAGUUCCACGAGGCGCUGCUGCAAGCGAAGCGCACGGACGAGUCGGACGAUGUGAACGCACGGGCGCCGUUGUCGCCUAAACGGCACGGAUCGAAUCCUCCCGAGUCGCCGAAGAAGGCCAAGGGGAAGAGCAAGACGAAGGCCGUCAAGCUUGCCGGCGGCGGCGAGAAGCAGCAGGCGGGGUUCAUCGACCUCAGCUCGUCUCCCGCCCCUCCUCCCGCGGACAACCAGCGGGAGCAAUCCGCACCGCCCUCCAAGCCGGCGAAAGAACUGUCGAUGAUCGCCGAGGACGACGAGAUGGUGUCCCAGGCUCCUCGCCGCGGGCCGGUUGCCCACCCGCUCUCGCCCGUCGCCUAUGACAUAUCCCCGACACGCAACUUUGCGCUCGCACCUCCGAUUGAAGAGGAGGACGGAGCGAUGGACGUGGAGGACGACGAGGCACCCGCGCCGCCGUCUCCUUCGCCCCGGGCCACUCCUGUAGACCGCCACUCGUCGCAUCCCGCUUCUCCGGAGGCCCAACAGAUGACACCAGCGCCCGCUGAAGCCGUGGAACACACCGCUUCCACCUCGCAGGACGUGACCGCCCAUCCCAUUCCUCCUCACAUGCGGACUUCUGCCAAGUCUACGCUUGCCGCGCCACCUGUAGCGCCCAGCGGACUCUACGCCUCGACGUCGAACACAAAUGUCCCUGCUACUGCAGGCCCUGCAGUCGGCACAAAGCGUACAUCGAGUUGGACGGCGGCCGCCAUGAAAGCUCGAGGCAGCAACACCGCUGGCGCGGGCAUGGGUACCCUCGGCGUCGCACCGCCUGGUCAUCUCAAACGAAAGAGCGGCGACAUGGGCCCCCCACUCGAGCCCGAACGCGUGAAACACUCCAAGACAAGCCACGGCGAUGCUAUGGAGGUUGACGCGCCCACCGUCGCAUUGACGGCGGCCGCCACGGAGGAGGCUGAGGAUGAAGAACCUCUGACGCGCAUGCUGAAGCGCAUGCAGGGCUCGCGGCAGACCACCAAGUCUAUCGGCAACGCAGCCGUUGUUGCUGAGCUCGCCCAAGCUAAAGCCGCGGCAGAACGACGUGUGGCGGACAAGUAUGGGCUGGAGGCGCCCUCUCGCGAACAUUCCUCCAGCCCACCACCCAUUGUUCAGGCGAGCGAGGAGAAGCGUACAUCCCGCGAGGCAGAGAAGCGCUUCAGUGUCUCAGAGCUCUUCACCUCCAAGGAGGGAAAGCCAACGCCUGCGCUCGCUCCUCCUCGCUCCGUCGACUUGUCGGCAUCUACCACUCCGCCUGAUUCACCCGUCACGACGUUCAAGGCUGCAAAACCACCCGCACCAAUCUUCACUAAGCCGGCACCUGUCUUCGUUCCUCCUCCUGCGCCCACCGUUGUCGAGCCUCCUAGCGAACGCAGCGGCCUAUUGGGCGAUUUCUCCUUUAAGCUCCCGGCUCCCAGCGCAUUCACUCGCCCGCAACUUGGGUUGGGCAUGGCACCGAUUUCUAAGCUUAGUCCUCGUAGUCCCCGUGCUGACUCUGGGGCAUCGACUCAGGAGAGCGAACCUACAGACCCGAUAUUCGACUCACAGCCGCUCUCGCGUCAAGUUUCGAGCUCGACACAGGGCACGUCGCAAUCACACUCUCAGUCUCAACUGCAAGACCUCAAGUACUCGGGCGACUACGCCGAUUACAACGCGCCGUUGGCUCAUGACGAGGACGAUACGUGGGGUAUUGACGAGAAGAUGGCCGGGGCGACGCAGACCUGGACACCUUACACUACGGGGGGCAACACCGAUACUUGGAGCUCUGGCCCUUCGGAUACGCAGACGCAGCCCCCCGGCACGUUCACUCAUCCGUUCGCGAACGCCAAUGUCGAUGGUGGAACUUGGAGUGACUGGCCGACGGAUAGCACCGACAGCACGCGCCUUCGUCCAUCGGAGGCUGCUCCGAUCGAUGACGCGGAAGAGUUUACGGAUGCGCGCGAGGAACAUACUGGGGCGUACGUUGACGACGCAGUGGAUGAUGAGGCAUACCCCGAGCCGUCUGGUGGCAUUCGUUUGGUACAGACGAAGAGUGCCGACUCUAUGAGGCCUGAGAGUCAGUUGUCCAUGGCUUCCUCGAGCGACGAAUCGCAGCAAGGCCUCAUGGGCCAGGCAAGCAAAUUCGUCUCGAGCAUCUUUGGCGGCGGGCCAGGCAGCACGAAGAAGAAAGAUGGUCCGAUCAAGAGCGUGCAAAUGGCCGCGCAAGCCAAGGCAGCGGCCGCGAAGAAGGCCCAGGAAGAGGAGGAACGCCGGAUCGCUCGUCAGAAGGAGGCCGAGGCGCGGAGACAGGCCGCCAUUCAGCGCAAGGCCGACGAAGAACGCCAGCGGCUCGAGGAGCAGGAGCGUAAGACUCGUGAGGCCAGGGAGGAACUCGAGCGCCGUCGAAAGGAGCGUGAGGAGGCAGCUACGAAGCGCGAAGAGGCCGCCGCGAAGCGCGCCAAGGCUGCGGCUGAGAAGAAGGCUUCGGACGAUGAAUCAAACAAGAAGAAGGUCGUCGAGAAGCCGAAGUCUGCAAUGAAGAAACCUGCGCCGGUCUCCAAGAUCGUCAAGCCCACGCCCGCUCCUGCCACUAAACCCAAACCGCUGUCAAAACAGGCGUCCGCGUCUUCCCUCAACGAUAAGUCUAUGAAGUUUGGGCCACCGAAAGGCAAAGGCAAGGCUCCCGCUGGCGCUGAUAGCGAUAUGGAGACCAAGCCCAAGGCCGGCCCUUCUUCCUUCAAGACGCCAGCGCCUCCCGCUCCCCCGCCCAAACCCGAGACGCCGGAAGAGUGGGUCGAUCUUCCUGAGCCGAACAGCGAGUAUUCGAACUCGGAUGACGAGGAUAGGGGCAAAGAUUACGACGUAGCAGACUGGGCUCAGUCCCCCGUACUGUUCAAUGCGCUACGUGAACAGGAGACCAUGGAUCCCGAUGAUAUCUUUGGUCCUAUCCGGCCGCUGCGGAUGGAGGAGAUGUUCACGGGUCGCGCACGUCAGAGUCGCUUCCGUGCGCGUUCGAGUUCGGCGAACUGGGCGCAUGGGGACGGGCUUACGGAGGCGGAGGCGAGGGAGUACGCAAGGAGGAUGGGUUUCCGCUGA